AUGUCACAAACACCGACAAACAAAGCUCUCCAAAACACACAGAACCCUCAAGACCGACUAGCACAGCUCGCAGGCCAGAUGGGAUCAAUCAGCAACGCCACCUCCUUCACCCAGGAUGUCGUUCCUCAGGCACCCGAGGACCCGCUCUUUGGGCUGAUGGCAGCAUACCGCAGAGACACCGACUCGAAGAAGGUGGACUUGGGCAUUGGAGCAUACCGUGAUGACAACGCCAAGCCAUGGGUCUUGCCAGUCGUCAAGCAGGCAGAUGAGCGUCUACGCAGCGAUCCAGACCUGAACCACGAAUACCUCCCCAUUGCUGGUCUCCCAGACUUCACUUCCGCCUCACAGAAGCUCAUCCUCGGCAAGAAAUCGCCCGCCAUCCAAGACAAGCGAGCAGUCUCAUUACAGACCAUCUCAGGAACUGGUGCUGUCCACUUGGGAGCACUCUUCCUCUCCAGAUUCUACAACCCCAAGACACCAGAGGCAAAGGCAGUCUACGUCAGCGAUCCAACAUGGGCCAACCACAACCAGAUUUUCAGCAAUGUCAAUCUAAAGAUCCAAAAGUACCCAUACUUCUCGAAGAAGACCAAGGGUCUCGACUUCGACGGCAUGCUCAGCACUCUCAAGUCUGCUCCAGAGGGCAGCAUCAUCCUCCUUCACGCCUGCGCACACAACCCGACUGGUGUCGACCCAACACAAGAGCAGUGGAAGCAGAUCGCCGAGGUGAUGCAGCAGAGACACCUCUUCCCAUUCUUCGAUACCGCAUACCAGGGCUUCGCCUCUGGAUCGCUUGAGCAGGACGGCUGGGCUAUCAACUACUUCGUUGAGCAGGGCUUCGAGCUCCUGAUUGCUCAGUCGUACGCCAAGAACUUUGGUCUGUACGGCGAGCGUGCAGGCUGCUUCCACUUCGUCACAUCACCAGGCUCUCACGCCACCGAGACUGUCACUCGUGUCGGCAGUCAGCUUGCGAUCCUGCAGCGCUCUGAGAUCUCCAACCCACCUGCCUACGGCGCACGCAUCGCAUCGCUCGUGCUUAACGACGACAAGCUCUUCGCACAGUGGGAAGAGGACCUCCGCACCAUGUCUGGCCGUAUCAAGGAGAUGCGUAAGGCUCUUCGGAGCAAGCUGGAGGAGCUCAAGACUCCAGGUACCUGGAACCACAUCACAGAUCAGAUUGGCAUGUUCUCCUUCACUGGUCUGGCUCCCGAUCAUGUCACCAAGCUCCGUGAGGAGUACCACAUCUACAUGACUCAAAACGGUCGCAUCAGCAUGGCUGGUCUGAACAUGAAGAACAUCGACUACUUCGCCAAGUCGGUCAACGCCGUCGUGAGCGCCUAG